CUGAGCAGUCGCAGGAUCGGCGCCCCGCUGUGACCACCGAGCACCCACCAGCUUCCUCUCCGCGGACGGUCCACCUCCCCCCCGCAGACAGCGGUCCCGUUAGAGCCGGGCUACCCUGGACGAUGGUCCGGUCAGACGCGACGCUUCCGCUCCUGCUCUGAAGCUCCUCUGCGCUUGUUUCUGUCGUCGACGCGGUCCGAGGACAUGGUGUGAUCGAGCCGGUGCGACAUGGAUCCCGAGGAGGCCGAGCUGCAGAAUGACUACCGGUACCGGAACUACGCGGCGGUCAUCGAGAAGGCGCUGCGAAACUUCGAGUCGUCCAGUGAGUGGGCGGACCUCAUCUCCUCCCUGGGAAAGCUCAAUAAGGCCCUACAAAGCAACCUGCGCUACUCGCUCUUGCCCAAGAGGCUGAUCAUAGGGAAGCGCCUGGCUCAGUGCCUGCACCCGGCUCUGCCCAGCGGAGUGCACCUCAAGGCUCUGGAGACGUACGAGGUCAUCUUUAAAAUCAUCGGCACAAAAUGGCUGGCCAAGGACCUGUUUAUCUACAGCUCUGGCUUGUUCCCACUGUUGGGCCACGCAGCCAUGGCAGUGAAGCCUGUGCUGCUGACGCUGUACGAGCGUUACUAUCUGCCGCUGCAGAGGGCUUUGCUCCCCAGUCUGCAGGCCUUCAUAACUGGACUCCUCCCAGGUCUGGAAGAAGGACUGGAGGUUUACGACAGGACCGACGCGCUGCUGGUCAAGCUGUCGCUGUUGGUGGGCCAGCAGGUCUUCUACGGCGCCCUGUGGGGCAGCAUGCUGGUCACCCCCAUGGUACGGCUGCCCGCUUCGGUCUUCGUGGUCACGCACUUCGACCGCAUGGCCCCGCUGACUCAGCAGACCCACAUGUUGGGCUACGGCCAUCGUGCGGUGAUCAAAUCCGUCUGUCUGUCUCUGCAAGAUUCAAACGUGUUGGUGCAGAGGAACAUGCUCGAAGUCCUCCUCUACUUUUUCCCCUUCGCCACGUGUCUGGACCCGGCGGAGCCGGGCGUUGCCCUCAGCUCCGAGGACAUGAUCACAGUGGUGUCUGCAGCUCUACUCACCCUGCUCAGGAGAGACAUGUCCCUCAACAGACGCCUCUACGCCUUGCUCCUAGGCACGGACAUCAAAGGAGGGAUGGUGGCGCCCCAUCCCACGCUCUCCACCACCGUGGAGGAGCACACCUCCUUCUACUUCAACACUUUUUCCAAAGAUUAUGUUGUGAAGGCUCUGAUUAACAUCCUCAAACAGAAGGAGGUGGACAGCGACCCGGAAAGCGUCAUCGCUUACCUCAGACCCUUUCGCAUCAUCAUCAGUCUACUCGAUAAACCCGAGAUAGGGCCGGCUGUGCUGGGCUGCGUGAUGUUGGAGGUGGUCCGAGCUUUCCACAGCUACUGCCUGGAGGUGCUCGGUGAGGAAAACGUGGCAAAGUCAGGACACUCAGCCAACCAGCUUGCUUGUAAAAUCAAAGACAACAAGAAUGCAACAGAGAUCAUAAAGACGAUGAACAUGCUCGUGAGCUCCAUGAACAGCGAAUACCUGUGGGAGUACAUGACUGAACACUUUUGCACGUCUCUCAGUGAAAAAGUUGAUCCACCGAUACCCCCGGAGCAGGACUACGGUCAACCUGCUCCCUCUGUCGCAGAAAUGUCCAACCUCAUCAUGUUCCUGCUGGACGUCCUCCCUCUGGAGCUCUACGCCGACAUCCAGUCGCUUUUCCUCCCCGACAUGCUGGGCGCCAUGCUGCAGAGCCUGCGCCGCCACAUGGACUCCAUUACCCUCGACGACCUCACGCAGGCGCUGCGAGCGUGCUUCAAGGUCCUGAGUAAGAUCCAGAUGCCCGUGGCUUACAUGGAUGUCGAUUCAGGAUCCCACGUAGAGGAGGUGGACUCGGUGUCGCCGGAGGAGGAAACUGCAAAGGAGGUGCACAACGAGGGGGAGAAGAACGGAAGUGUUAACGGACUUCAGGAAGACGAGGGGCAGAGGCGAGAUGGAGGAAGUGAAGCCGAGCCGGCUAACGGGGUUUACUCGACCCUGAGGUCUGAAGACAGCGGCUUGGGCGUCAGCGCCUCGCCCUCGGAGCAGCACCUGCAGCUGGGGACAGCGACGGAGGCCGAGCGAAAGGCGACGUGCAAAACCGGCGACGGGGUCUGGAGAAGGGGAGGGAGCGUGGAAGCCAUGACCCGGUGUCUGCAGGAUAUCCUUGCCUUCGUGACCACAAGAUACCUGAUGGUCCAGGUGGAGGACGUCAGGGGUCCGGAUCCAGAGCCUCAGUGUGACCAAAGCGCCAUCUCUGUGGAUCACAAGCCUCUGUUAGGGGGGAGAGAAUUUAAGCACAAACUGACCGAGCUGUUCACUCCAAAUAAGCUCAAAGCCCGUGUGCCGGCAGAGAGCCAGGCCCCAGCAUCCCCCACAGAAAAGAAGGAGGAGCGCGGCUCGGCGGGGUGCAUGGACUGGGCGGCCGGGUUCAUGCCCCGGGGGAGGGCUGAGAUCUCGGAGGCCUGUCGACAGACCUUCGUCGCCACCUGCCACCUGCUGCUGGAGAGCACCACCUUCCCCGUGUACCUGAGCGAGGAGGAGAUGCUGGCGCUUCACACCGAGAUGUUUGGAAACUCAGGCAGUGACGUGGACAGCCUGCCGGUAUGGCUGAGGUCCCUGAUGAUUCUGUGCUGCAUGUCCCGGGACUACAGCAUCCAGCACACCGCGGUGGCGUCCCUGCUGGAGCUCAUCAACCACUCCCAGUCCUUAGCGCUGGUCAUCGAGGACAAGCACAGGCGCUACCAGAGCUCCGACGCCAACCCUCUGAGUGGGCGGCUGCAGAUGGUCAGCGUGCCGCCCGUCUCUCCAGUCCUGCUGCGAGCCAUAGAGGAAGGCACAGACUUCUUUCAGAGAUUGUCCCGGGUGCUGUGGAGUCAACUGGACACAGAGCAGAGGGAGCAGCACGUUUCCUGCGUAGAUCUGUUUUACAGGCUGCACUGUUUGGCUCCCUCGGCAUCCAUCUGUGAGGACAUCAUCUGCCAGGCGCUGCUGCACAAAGACAAGGCAGUUCGGCUGGAAGCUCUGCACCGCUUCACGGUGCUGUGGCACCUGACCCGGGAGAUUCAGAGCAACAGGACCAUGUCUCUAAGUCGAUCCUUUGACCGGUCCCUGUGUGUUGUGGUGGACAGCCUGACCUCCUCCGAUGGCUCGAUAAGUGCCGCCGCUCAGUGUUGGCUGGUUAGAGCUCUGUCCCUGAACGACGUGAUCCGCAUCCUGGAGCCUAUUCUGCUGCUGCUGCUUCACCCGUCCACCCAGCGCUGCUCCAUCCAGAGCGUCAAGCAGAACCUCACCGCCGGUGACCUGAGGCUUUUAAGCAGCAGAGGUUUGAUUAAAACCUCCCGGGCCUCCGCAGACGCGGCGGCAGCCGACGUGACCGCGUUGAACAGCCUGAGCGUCGUGGACCGAGAAGCUCUGUGGACUGAGUUGGACAGCGGGCCAGAGCCAGAGAGGCCCGCGGACUCUUUGGCGGCGUCGAGGAGUGAGAGCGAGAAGACGGAGGAGGAGGAGGUCAGAGAGGAGGAAGAGGAGGAGGGUGUCAGUGAGCACACGGAGUCAGCGGACACCAGCGGAGCCCAGGUUUCCUCGGAGAACUCCAGCUCGGGUUCUGCGCCGCCCAGCAGCGUCGAGGAGGGAGGCCUGGUGAACGGCCUGCGGAGGGUAGAGUCUGAGCACACGCAGGCGUCCGACUCCCUGUCCAGCGAAGACGAGGAGGACCUAGAGCUGGAGGCCAUGGCCAGGUCCCGCCUGCUGAAGCAGGAGCGCGAGAAGCGGGACGCCAUCGACUCUCUGUUCCGCCACGUGCUGCUGUACUCCACGGCGGGCGGCUGGCGCCGUCUGCUGCAGGGCCUGGCGCUGCUCGACAGCCUGCUACGCAGCAGCCCCGACUGCCACCUGGUGGACGCCCUGUGCGGCACGUCGCUGGACACCAGCUCGGCGGCGCACCUCAACCUGGUCUCCAACCUCCUGCAGCGCCACCAGCAGGCUCAGGACGGCAAGCGCUUCUACGGCUGCCUGCUUUCGCCCGCCUCCUCCCCCUCGGCGCCCCCCUCCCUCCUCGUCGAACUGCUGGUGUCGCUCUGCCUGCGAAUCCUGCGCUCGCACUACCCGUCCUACUUGGCCGUGACCCCCCUGGACCUGCAGGGCAACCGGGAGGCCCAGGUGAAGAGCGUGACGGUGCUGACGCGGAUAGUCAACCAGCUCUGCUUCACGGUGCGGGGGCAGGAGUGCAGCAAGGCCGCCCUGGAAUCAAUCCACAGACUCCUGACGUGCUGCAAGGUGCAGCAGCAUGCCCUGCUGUCCCUGUCCGCGUCCAUGUACAGCAGCCAAAAGGCGGCAGAUAAGGGGUCCUCCAAGGGAGCCGAGCUGCUGGACGAGGACGGAGGCCUGUCGGAGGAGAGUUUGGUGAACCUGGGUGCGGCAGGCGGGCAGGAGCAGUGCCCCUUGCAGAUCGAGCUGCUGAAGUUGCUCCAGGCUCUCAUAGUGCUGGAAUACCACGUGUGGCCGGGCGGGGUGGCGUCGGCGGCCGGCGGCGCGUCUGGCCAGCCCGGAGAUCCCCGCGAGUCCUCGCCGGCCUCCACCCCGCUGGCCCGCGAGUGGCAAACGGCCGUGCUCUUCCAGCAGUCCAUCAAAGCCGGCCAGUACGUCCAAAGCCACCCCAUCACAGCCCAGGGCAUGUUUGUGUCCGCCGCCGCCAGAGCCCUGCAGCCUCAGUACGGCUACGCCAUGCACCCCCACUGGGUGUCGCUGCUGUGCUCCUCCCUGCCGUACCUGGGCCGCUCCCUGGGGAUCAUCGUGUCGCCGCUCAUCGGCCAGAUCUGCAGGAACGUGGACGAGCUGGUGAAGCUCCACGAGCACGACGGAGGGAAGACCGCUCACAGCAGGAGGGAGAACAUCGCUCCCGACUACCCUUUGACUCUGCUGGAAGGCCUCACCACCAUCACACAUUAUUGUCUCCUCGACAACAAAAAGUCUCUGGUGGCCUGUGAUCCCGUGGACGUCCGUAACGCACGCAACACCGUGCUGGAGGCGCUGCCCCACAUGCUCAGCAGCAUGGCGUUGUUGUGGGGCGUGGUCGUGAGGGAGGAGCUUCAGAAACGCUCGCCCGACUCGGGCCACAGCAGCAAACACGCCUCUACCUCUGUGUACUUCAAAAGCUCCAAGAUGCUGCGGCAGCGGAUUCUGCAGUUUCUGCUCCCUCUAACCGGACAUUAUGGGGUUCAGCUGAUGGCUUCAGUGGGAGUAGUGUGGAGCAACAGGAGGGGCAAAAGGAGACAUAAAAACAAAGUCUUGCCUGUAGCCAGCGAGGCCCGUCUGAUCAUCGUGGAGCUCAUAAAAUCGCUUCACACCCUGAACACCGAGACGAUCCUACACCUGGUUAAAGAAGUCGUGAAGAGACCGCAUCAGAUCAAAGGCGAACAGAAGGCAACGCUGGUCGACAUUCCCAUGCUGCAGUUCAGCUAUGCCUACAUCCAGAGCAUUUCAGCUGCGGCUCUGCAGGAAAACGUCGCUCCCCUCCUCGGCCUCUUAAGGGAGUCCGUUCAGCUCAACCUGGCGCCGCCCGGACAUUUCUUACUGCUGGGAAUCCUAAAUGACUUUGUCAAUCGUCUCCCCAACCUGGACAACAAGAAGGACUCCAAAGAUCUGCAGCAGGAGGUGACCCAGCGGAUCCUGGAGGCGGUGGGCGGGAUCGCAGGCUCCUCUCUGGAGCAGACCAGCUGGCUCAGCCGAAGCCUGGAGGUCAAAGUGCAGCCACAGAUUUGCCAGGAAGCCGAAGAACCGGAUGACGCAGAUGUGGACGGGGAUCACUGUGAGUCAGUAACUCAGGCGAACGCCAUGGUCUCCUCCUCCGCUCCCUCGGUGUACAGUGUGCAGGCUCUUACGCUGCUUGCAGAGAUCUUGGCGCCCCUUCUGGACAUGGUCUACCGUAGCGAUGAGAAGGAAAAAGCUGUUCCCCUCAUCUCACGUCUCCUCUAUUAUGUUUUCCCUUACCUCAAGAACCACAGUGCCUACAACAUGCCCAGCUUUGCAGCCGGAGCUCAGCUGCUCAGUAGCCUCAGUGGGUACGCCUGCACCAAAAGGGCCUGGAAGAAGGAGGUGUUUGAGCUCUUCAUGGACCCGCUCUUCUUCACCAUGGAUGCCUCCUGUGCACACAGUUGGAAAUCAAUUAUUGACCAUCUACUGACUCAUGAGAAGACCAUGUUUAAAGACCUGAUGGGCAUGCAGAGCAGCUCCCUGAAGCUGUUCCCCAGUGCCGACCAGAAGCCCAUGCUGCUGAAACGGCAGGCGUUCGCCAUGUUCAGCGGCGAACUUGACCAGUAUCACCUCUACCUUCCACUUAUUCAAGAGCGCCUCACGGAGACUUUGCGCAUGAACCCGAGCGCUGCUGUCUGCGCCCAGAUGUUCUUGAUGUUCCGUGUCCUCCUGCUGCGGAUCUCAUCCCAGCACCUGACGUCACUUUGGCCCAUAAUGGUCACAGAACUUAUACGGAUAUUUGCACGUUUGGAGAAAUCUCUGCAGCCAGAUAAAGAAGUCUCAAAGUUGGCCAAAGUGGUGCGUGGAGCUCUUGACAGAAACGGACCAGUCAACUUCUCUCAGGCCGAGUUGGACAUGUACCUGUCAGCCUGCAAGUUCCUGGACACUUCCUUGGCUUUUCCUCCGGAGAAGAUGCCACUCUUUCAGAUGUAUCGGUGGGCAUUUGUCCCUGAGGUGGAUGUGAGCCGCUACAGCGGUCCAGAAAAUGCCCUGAUUGAAGGCGAACAGGAAUGCACGCCACAUGUUGUCAGAGUCCUGGAAGGCAUACAGCAGCGCUAUGGGGCACUAAACGAGCUGAGUGGGGAGUCCUCCACCGAGCACUUGGAGUUCCCCCUCCUCUUUCAGGCCUCCCUGUCCUCCAUCACCCAGCUCCUGCCUUUCCUACGCACCCUUUGCUGUUCCUUCCAGGCCCCUCCCGCCUGCAGCCAGCCUGCUGCCCACUUCCCCGUAGCCGACUACCCCGCAGCCAGUUCACACACCGUCCUGCACAGACUCGAGGACAUCAUUGAAAACGAGUUCCUGGACUCCAUGGAAAGUUAAAAGCUGAGCUUCUUCAGCAGCAGACGUGGAAAAAGACCUAAAAUGGGCACAGCCAGUGAUAAUGUUGUGUUGUGAAGUUGUGGUAAAGGAAAGGUUCUGGAAAUGUGAUUUAAAACAAAUAUAUUUUAGCCUUUCUGGUUGCAUCCCUGGAUGCAUUUCUGAACUGCUUUUACUGGGAAAAACUAAGGGACUCUGUGGUUUUUGUAUCCACUGGGCUUUUAAUGUGAAAAAAUAUGAAGGAAUUAAGCUUUGUUUUUGUCCAAAGAAGAGAUAUUGCCACAGCUUAAAGUCACUAAUUUAUUAUGUUUAAUGUCAAUAAAGGCAGCCAGGUAUCCUUGAGUCAGGUUACUUAUGGACUAAUCAAGGCAUGCAACUUAUGAUCAUGAUAGUACAGUCAACAGAUUUUAGUCCAGCAAAUAAAAAAAAGUUACUGUGAAGAACCGUAUUAGGCGCCAAUAGUGUUUUCCUUAACUACUCACCUGCUGUCUGUUUCUUCAGGUAUAACAAUCUGUCUUAAGAAUGUAAAACUCCAGAUCUUAGAAAUGUAUCUUAAUUUAUGCCACAACUUUUCUGGGUAAGCAGAGGAAUGUGCUCCGUGUGCAUUGGGGAAACUCUUUGAAAAUAAUGUCUGUGCCUCAACCUAAUACGUGCUUGCAGUUUUUGGUGAUGAAGGGAAAUCGAUUGAACUUUCCUAGUUUUUAUUCGUGCAUAGUUUUUACAGCUGCCAAUGUCUGUUUUGUUCCUGCACAUCUGAAUGUUCCUGUAAAUUGUUCAUGUUAAAAGGACCACGUCAAGUUUUGAUGCAAUACAAAAAUAAAACAACUCAUUAAAUUAAA